GUAGUGAAAAGUUUUUAGACCCCCUCCCCUGUAUGUUUUUGUUGGGGGAAAAGUUGGUAGUUAGAUCGUGUGUGAAUGUAGCGUGUCCCUCGGUUUUCGCCCCUCGGCAACAGGGGGAAUGCAAAUUUUUACUUUAGUAAAGUUGGAGAGCGAGCUCGUUUGCAGAGAUUUGGCGCUUUACGUCCUCUGUCUCGGACUAAAAAUCUCAGUGGCCAUCAACGUUUCACCUCUGCCGUCUCGUUAGCUACCUAGCUAGCUCCGCCGCUAGCUAACUCCCCUACAAAGUUAACGCUACCUCGCUUCUUUAGAGUGCAUUUCUUUUGUAAACUUCCAGGUUAUAUAUAUUAAAAACAGAAUGGCGGAAACCAAAAUAAUUUAUCAUAUCGACGAGGAGGAGACGCCGUACUUGGUGAAGAUACCCAUAGCUGCCGAAAACAUUACUUUACUGGAUUUUAAACAGGUUUUGAACAAGCCAAACUACAAAUUCUUCUUCAAGUCUAUGGACCAAGACUUUGGGGUGGUGAAGGAGGAGAUAUCCGAUGAUAGUGCCAAGUUGCCUUGUUUUAACGGCAGAGUGGUGUCAUGGUUGGUAUCUUCAGACACUCCAGCUGCAGAGCCCCCAGUGGCAGUUGUCCCCCCUGUGGAAACGACUAGUCAGCCUUCACCACCUCCGCCGCCUCUCCCACCCCCGCCUGCAGAGAGGACUGGAGGUAUUGGGGACUCCAGACCGCCCUCCUUCCAUCCCAAUGCUACAGGCAGCGUGGAGACUUUGGACGACCAGACAGAAACAGAGUCUGUAGUUUCCUUCAGGAGAGAGAGACCUCGGCACAGAGACAACAUGGAUCAGCACGGACCUCGUAUGAAUGGUCAGAGCCGCCUGGAGCGCCACCUGGCUGGUUAUGAGAGCUCCAGCACGGUGAUGAGCAGCGAGUUAGACACCACUAGUUUCUGUGACUCUGAAGACGAUGACACUAUGAGCAGGUUCAGCAGUGCGACUGAGCAGAGCACGGCCUCCAGGCUUCUUAAGCGGCAUCGUCGACGGCGGAAACAGCGGCCUCCACGUCUGGAGAGGGCCUCGUCCUUUAGCAGCGUGACAGAUUCCACAAUGUCCCUUAACAUCAUCACCGUCACUCUCAACAUGGAAAAAUACAACUUCCUGGGCAUCAGCAUUGUUGGCCAGAGCAAUGAAAGAGGGGAUGGAGGCAUCUACAUCGGCUCCAUCAUGAAGGGAGGAGCUGUGGCCGCAGACGGACGCAUUGAGCCUGGUGACAUGUUGCUGCAGGUGAACGACAUCAAUUUUGAGAACAUGAGUAAUGAUGAUGCAGUGCGAGUACUCAGAGAGAUUGUACACAAGCCUGGGCCUAUCAUCCUCACAGUGGCAAAGUGCUGGGACCCCUCUCCUCAGGGCUACUUUACUCUGCCCCGUAACGAACCAAUCCGGCCCAUCGACCCAGCCGCAUGGGUCAGUCACUCUGUGGCAAUGACCGGGGCUUAUCCACCUUAUCCUGGCAGCUCUUCACUCAGCACCAUCACCUCUUCUUCCUCUGUCACAGAGCCUGAACGUUUUGAUGAUUUUAAUCUGUCACUGCACUCCGACAUGGCAUCAGUUGCCAAAGCCAUGGCUUCCCCUGAGUCAGGUCUGGAGGUCAGGGAUCGCAUGUGGCUUAAAAUCACCAUCCCUAACGCCUUCCUCGGCUCAGAUGUAGUGGAGUGGCUGUUUCACCACAUUGAGGGAUUCCAGGACCGCCGAGAGGCCAGAAAAUACGCCAGCAACCUUCUGAAGGCCGGCUUCAUUCGGCACACCGUCAAUAAGAUCACCUUCUCUGAACAGUGCUACUAUGUGUUUGGAGACUUGAGCGACUGUGAGAACUACAUGGCCAAUCUAUCCCUGAAUGACAAUGAUGGUUCCAGUGGGGCUUCAGACCAGGACACCUUGGCCCCUCUUCCACUCCCUGGUGCCUCCCCAUGGCCCAUGAUGCACACCUUUCCCUAUCAGCCCUACCCCACACAUCCCUACUCCAGCCAGCCGCCACCCUACCACGAGCUCACCAGCUACAGCUACGCCCCUGGCAGCACCGGCAGCCAGCACAGUGAAGGGAGCCGAAGCAGCGGCUCAACAAGAAGCGAGGGUGAGCGACAUCGCAACAGUAAAGGCCCAGGCAACAACGUGGGUGGAGGAGAGAAAUCUCCCUCUGGUGGGGUUGGAGACGGUGGCGGUGCUGACUCACGCUCGGGCAGUGGCAGCGAAUCAGAAUACUCUACCCGCAGCAGCCUGAGACGCGGCCAUGGUUCAGCCGCCCCCAGUGAACAUAGCCACGCCUCCUCACAGCGCUCACAUCAUCACCGCUUGCCCCAGCCACCCCACAUGUCUCCCUACCCACCAGGUAUCCUGCCGUACAACCCCAUGAUGGUGAUGAUGGUACCCCAGCACCCACACCCAGCCAUGGCAGCUGCCCAUGCUCUUUCGCACACGCAACAGCUACCAGCAGUUUCCAUGCACCCGGCGCUGCCCCCGCCCCCUUCCUCCACUCCAGGGGGACCUCCAGGGGCUCCGCCCACUCGUGACCUGGGCUCAGUACCACCAGAGCUGACUGCAUCACGCCAGUCGUUCCACCUGGCCAUGGGCAACCCCAGCGAGUUCUUUGUGGAUGUCAUGUAGUUUUAGUGUCUCUGUGCUGAGUGACCAUUCAUGUGAAGUUAGUGCACGGUUCCCACUUGUCCUGACGAGCAUCUCCUGGUAGUUGGAGCUCACAAGUGUCUUUGGGUUAAGGGCACUUGCGACAAAUUUGGUAAAACAGGGUUUAAAAUGGCAAAAAAAAAUAAUAAUAAUAAUAAAAAUAAAAAAAUAGGAAAACACUAGAGCACAAUUGAUGUGGGAUCUGGUCUAGAUGUGCCUGCAAAAUCUAGUUCCUCAUCCAUAAAUCAAAAAACAGCAGUUUUUUUAGAUCUAUAUUCAGAAAGACUUUUUCUGCUUCAUUUCUCGGUACUAAUUGUUUUUAAUAAAAAAAGCAAAGCCUCUGUAUAAUAUUUAAAGUGCCCGUCAGAUCUCCUCUGCACUCCGCUUUCGUAAUCCCUAAAACUUCUAAACUUCUUUAGCAGUUGAAGCUGGUUUAUCUCAGAUCUGGUCGACCAGGACCUGCACAGGCCACAGUUUAACACUAGGGGGCGACAAAUACAUUGUGUACUUGAAAAGAAGACAGUCCCCCCAUCUACAUUUAUCUGCAUUAUAGUGCCACAUUGUUUAUCCACACAGGAGUAUAUUGAGUGCCUUACUCUUUUCUCUCUUUUAUUGGUCAUUUUUACACUCCAGGUACACAAAAUAAUACAUUUUGUUUCACAUUGUUUGACAAUGAACUUCUCUGUGUAUAUCUACUAUUCCUAUGUAAAGUGCAAGCUCUAAUGUGAAAAGAAAAUAGGUCCAAAAUUAUCAGGGGAACUUGUGUUUAGUAAUCACUGCCUAAGUCUAGUCAUCAAAUAAGUCUUGUUGUGAGGGGUAACCUGUAGUGUUUUUUAAACUGACUAAAGUUUGAUGGUACUAGUUGGUGAAAAGACAAAACACUGAAAGUGGUAUUUUUUGAUUACAUGCAGUGUAUAUCCUAACUGUGAUCCAAAUGUCCCAGCUACCAAUGCUUGUUUUUAUGUUACUGACUUGCAUUAUUCACCAGUUUAAUUUUUAUAUGAGUGACUAUAUAAAUCGUGUAUAAUCCAACUAUUAAGGUGCUAAAUGAGGAGUUGACAUUUCAGAAAGAAUGGCCUUGAUUGUGUCAAAUGAUUUCAUGUUGCCACCUUUGCUUGUGUAUUUGAGAAUAAAUUUGAUACUUACCAGUCA